UCCCCCGCCGCUCCGCCCGCGGCGCCGAGCCGCGCCCACCCGCCGGGGAACCAGAGUAGCUGCUGCUGGAGUGGAGCCCGAGCCCGCCGCCGGACGCUAUGGGCGACCCCACAGGCUGGCCCAGUCUGUAGAAUGGUAGCACACAGUAAGGUGGCAGCCGACAAUGCAGUUACAGCCGACACCAGAAGAAGACUCGACCCUUCUCCUCCUUCUCCUCCGUCCCACCGGGCUGGCCGGGAACAUCCCAGCCCGCAGCCCAGACCGCAGCACGGCCUGGCCCCUCAGCAUGGUGCGGUGGCCCUGGCGGCGGCGACCCAGGGACAGGGGGACACUCACUUCCGAACCUUCCGCUCCCAAGCGGACUACUUCAGCAUCACCCGAGCCAGCGCCUUGCUGGACGCCUGUGGCUUCUACUGGGGGCCGCUGAGUGUGAACGUGGCCCAUGAGAAACUCAAGGAUGAGCCCGUGGGGACCUUCCUGGUCCGGGACAGCCGGCAGAAAAACUGUUUUUUUGCCAUCAGCGUUAAGAUGGCUUCAGGGCCCACCAGCAUCCGGGUCAACUUCCAGGCCGGUCGGUUCAACCUGGAUGGCAGCCGGGAGACCUUCGACUGCCUCUUUAAGCUGCUGGAACAUUACCUGAACUCUCCCAGAAAAAUGUUGGUCACCCCCCUUCGACAGCUAAGGGUACGGCCCCUGCAGGAGCUGUGUCGAAAGAGCAUCGUGGCCACCUUCGGAAGGGACAACUUGGGCAAGAUCCCCUUAAAUCCUGUCCUUAAGGACUACCUGAAGUCUUUUCCUUUCCAGAUAUGAAAAGAUGGAAGAUUAUGGUGGCAGCAUUAACUAUUUUAUUUUUUUUUUUGUGGGGAGGGGAAGGGGAAUUGAUGUUUUUCUCUGGGGUAGGGGGAAAGGCAGUAAGAGGGAGGUGAUGCUGAUUUUGUGUGGGGUUUGGUGUUGAUGGCAGAAGACACCUAGAAAAGGAAGUCCCCUCCCCAGGAAGGAAUGUCCUCCCGUGGAGCUGUCCCAGCCCUUGCGUGCUUCUUCCCUCCUGCCUCAGAGUCAAUCGAGGCCCAUUUAUUUUUCUAUUAUCCUUAAUGUAUUUGGGAGAGGGACCUGUAUACACUCGUCUCCCUUCCCUCCUCAUGUUUACAAACCAAAUAUCUUUGCACAAACCAGGGGUUUGGGGUCUCUGGCUUAAUUUUUCUGCUAUGCAGAAACUUAUUAUUUUAUAUUUUUUAAAGAAUAAUGUAAUAAACUUUAUUAUAAAAGUUUUUUUAAACUAAAAG